AUGAAGGGUCGUCUCUAUCGUGCAAAUGCCACAACCAAACCCGCAAAUGCGGCUCCAAGGACCAAAAAGCGAUCCAGACGAGCAACCAACGGUUCCAACGAAUACAUGACCCAAAACUUCGCAGAAGCCAUCCCAAUUUACCCAGGAUUGUUCUCGGAAGAGAACGGUCCGGAACUGCCAGAUGAGCUGCAACAAAGUAAUGACAUGUCGCUCAAAGGCCAGAUAUGGCCAGGCAUGGGCAAAAAGGAUCUGGCCAACGAAGAUAUGAAACGCACCAGAAACCAGCGAAAACCAAAAUCUGCGAUUGAUAAGAUGCGUCGAACCUCUGAAGGCAUCGAACCCACGCAGGUAGUUUUGACAUCAGAUUUCCAAGUUGAGCGGGUCAAAGGCGUGUAUGACAGUUCUUCUCCGAUACCUGGCCAGGAAGAAACAACCCCGCCCCCUCCGAAGCGGCCCGCCAGAGCAAGAAAGAAGCGUGAGCCGCUCUCAAACCUCUCGGCCAAUAUCCCCAUCGGGCAUCCGAAUCACGCCAAUUCUCCGAGCAGCAAGAGCCACGAGCAGAUAAACUCCUUUUCUGGAUUCAAAGCAAUCAAUUAUGGCCCGGAAAUUACCGAGUCGACAGAGAAUGUGGAUGCGCAAGAUAUUUCGGCCGACGACAUUAAAGUUGAGUCGCAACUGUGCGACAUUGUACGCCCUAGCCUGCACAUUGACAACGACGAACCUGGUUUCGAUACCGACGGUACCUGGUCUGCCGAUACAAUGCUUGACGGCCUGCGCGCAGAUCUAAGUCGUGAAGGAUCAGCCGUGUGA